UCACAGAGGAGGUCCCAGCACACAAGAGGUGCUCUGGUUCCCACUGGGCUGGUGAGUGAAGGGUCUCACCGUGCAGUGGAGAAGACCUGAGCUGAAGCCCUUCCUGAGGGAAACUCGGCCAGCGUGGGGAGAGCCUUGCCAGAGCACGUGGGGCCACCCUGCCACAAACACCUCUACACUGGGCUGGUAGGGACACAACAGACAGAAAACAUCAGCAAGGGCCAGCAAAUACUUCAAGAGGAGGCAGGAAAAGCAGACAGAGGCACGGGAAGAUCGGGUUGUGCAGCAUGGAGAGACCUAUGGGAGGAAGCAGCACACCCGAAGCAGAGGGGGUCUGCACUGUGCCCGAGCAAAAGAAGGAGCCUGAGGCGAUGUGCUCUGGGGAGCCUUCCACCAGCCGGGAAGCAAAGGCCAAAAAGAGUCGCUCCUCCCGCUCCUCCCGGGCUGGGCUGCUCUUCCCUGUGAGCCGCACAGACAGGCAGCUACGCAGAGGUCAGUUUGCUGAACGCUUUGGAGCCAGCGCUCCUGUCUACCUGGCUGCUGUGCUACAGUGGGUGACGCAUAAGACCAUGGACGUGGCUGGGAGGAUUUCUAAGAAGAGCAACCAACAGUGCAUCUCUCCAUGCCACUUGCAGAUGGCUGUGAAGAACAGCUCUGUACUCAAGCACCUUCUGGGAAGUGGGCCCAAGCGCCGUGGCAGGGCUGUCCCACAAAGCCAGCGGAUGGCCUCACCCUCCAAAAGGAAGACGACCGAGAGGAGGAAGAGAAGCCACAGGCGACAGGCUGCACCUGCUCGCGCCACUGCUGCUGUCACUGUCAAGUGA